UUUCAUUCAAAUCAAAAAUGGAGCAAUUCGUAUCAGGCCUCGAAGAACUUUUGACUAAGCUUGCAACAGCCCAAGACUCUGACACUAUCAGACAAGCUACCUCUACCUUAAAUACACAGUUCUAUGUUUCACCUGAUUGCAUUCCAGCUUUUGUUGAAAUCAUUAGUCGUUCACCUCACCAAACUGUUCGCCAACUUGCUGCUGUCGAAUUAAGAAAGCGUAUCUCCAAGCGCUGGCAAGAGAUUCCCGAGUCAGCACAAGCCGCUAUUCGUGCCCAGUUAUUACAAAUCGCAUUAAACGAGCAACAUGAAAUUGUUCGUCACUCAACAGCACGUGUUAUCUCAUCCAUUGCUCGUAUUGAUGUCCCCGAAAGUAAAUGGCCCGAGUUACUAGGCUUUUUGAACGGGGCCUGUGCUAGUGCAACAGCUAUUCAUCGUGAAGUAGGUACUUACUGCUUAUAUACUCUUUUCGAGGUCAUUGCAGACUUUUUCAUGGAUCAUACAGCUCCUCUGUAUGAUCUCUUCUCAAAAGCCAUUGUUGAUCCUGAAAGUAAGCGCGUUCGAGUUACCACUGUUUUAACUUUGGGUAAAUUGGCUGAAUUCAUUGAAACUGAGGACAAAGAAAAUAUUAAAUCCUUUAGAAUGAUGAUUCCCGGUAUGGUUAAUGUAUUGGAACAAUGUUUAAAGGAAGGUGAUGAGGAGAGUGCGGGAGAAAUUUUUGAAGUGUUUGACACCUUGUUGAUGUUGGAUGCUCCUCUUUUAUCUAACCAUUUGAUGGAGUUAAUCCGAUUCUUUUUGACAAUUGGCUCUAACCGUGAAUUAGACGAUUCCCUUCGUGUUAUGGCCCUUUCUUUCCUCAUGUGGGCUGCUGUAUAUAAACAAAACAAGAUCAGAAGUUUGAAAUUGGUUGGACCCAUUGUUGAAGGCUUAAUGCCUAUUGGUUCUGAAGAAGACCCCGAGGAUGUGGAUGAGGAUUCUCCUUCUCGUUUGGCUUUUAAAGUAUUGAACGCUCUUGCUACAAAUAUGCCUCCUCAACAAGUUUUCCCUAUUGUUAUGCCAAUUGUUGUUGCAUAUAUGCAAAACCCCGACCCUAAUUAUCGUAAGGCCGCCAUGAUGUCUUUUGCUGUGAUUAUCGAAGGCUGUGCAGAGUUCAUGAGCCCUAAAUUAAACGAGCUUUUACCGCUUGUCUGUUCUGGUCUCCAGGAUCCCGAAAUCAUUGUUCGUCGUGCAGCUUGUAUGGCUCUCGGCUGUCUUGCUGAGGAGAUGCCUGCAGAAAUUUCUGAGAGUCACUCCAUCUUGCUUCCUCUUGUAUUUAACUUGAUGAACGAUACUAAUCCCGAAGUCACCAAACAUGCUUGUAAUGCCUUAGAUGCAAUUUUGGAAAGUUUAGGUGAUGAAGUACUUCAGUACUUGCCCAUGUUAAUGGAAAAACUCUUAUUCCUUUUGGAUAAUGCUCCUCAAACCGAAACAAAGGCAACUGUUAUGGCUGCUAUCGGUAGUGCUGCUCAUGCUGCUGGUGAAGGCUUUGAACCUUACUUCAGCAGUGUUAUGCCUCGUAUCCGUCAUUUAAUGACCUUGACCGAGGGGUCCGACGAAGCUUUGCUUCGUGGUGUUGCCACCGACUCUGCUGGUGCUAUCGCCGAAGCGGUUGGUGCUGAGAAGUUCAGACCUUUCACUCAAGAUUUAAUGGCUCUUGCUAUUGAACAACUUGAAUUAGAUUCUCCUCGUCUUCGUGAAUGUUCUUAUGCUUUCUUUUCCAUUAUGGCUCGUGUCUUUGGUGAAGAGUUUGCUCCUUAUCUCCCCACUGUGAUGCCCUUUAUCAUUGCCUCAUGUAAAGCUGAAGAAAAGGAUGAAGCUAAUUUUGGCAGCGAGAUCGACCUCACAUUGGGUGAUGGUGAAGAGGAGGACGAUGACAGUGCUUUCAACUUUAAUUCUGCCAUCGCCGAUGAAAAGGAAUUUGCUGCUGAUGCUCUUGGAGAACUCUUUGAAAGCACUCAAGCACAUUUCUUACCUUAUGUCGAGGAAUCCGUUCAAGAGUUAACUGAGCUCUCGUUCCAUCUCUUUGAUGGUGUUCGUAAGGCUGUCGUCGGUAGUCUUUUCAGUUUCCUCAAGACUUUCUACAUCAUGUCAGGCACGGACGAAUGGAAGGCAGGUUUGCCUUUAACUUAUGCUGUUCACGAAAAUGUCCAAAAUAUGAUUACCAUUAUUAUCCCUACUGUUUUAGCUAUGUGGAAGGACGAGGAUGAUAAGAUGGUGGUUGUUCAAAUCUGCCAAGAGUUGGUCCAAACCCUUAAAUUGAUGGGCCCCAGUAUUGUCGCCGAUCAUAUUGAAGAAAUCUCCCGCAAUAUCCUCGAUAUUUUUGAAAAGAGAUCUAUCUGUCAACAAAGUUACGAUGAUGAUGAUUUCGUGGAUGAGGAAGAAGAAGCUGAAUCCGAAUCUCUUUUGGUCAGUGCUGCUGGUGACCUUGUUGCUACCAUCUGUGAGACUGUUGGAGAGUCAUAUUCUUCAUACUUUGAUGUAUUUAUGCCAUUGAUCGCUAAAUACUACAAGAAAUCAAAAACCCCUGCUGAGCGUUCCAUGGCUAUUGGCUGUCUCGGCGAAUGUAUUACUGGUAUUAAAAGUGCAGUUACCCCUCACACUGAACGUUUACUUCAAUUGUUCAUCAAGGCCUGUGGUGACGAAGAUCAAUCUGUUAGAAGCAAUGCUGCCUAUGCUUUAGGUAUUCUUGUUAGCAAUUCUCAAAUCGAUCUUACUACACAAUACCCUAUCAUCCUGACAGCUUUACAUCCUCUUUUCCAAAACCAACCUGUACCCAAUAUCACUGAUAAUGCUACUGGCGCUGUUGCUAGAUUAAUUAUGUCUCGUCCUGAUGCCGUGCCUCUUGAUCAAGUAUUACCUGUGUUCACAAGUGUACUUCCUCUGAAGGCCGAUUUUGCAGAAAACGAGCCUGUAUUUAACUGUUUAUUUUCACUUUUCCGUGCUAACAAUACUUAUAUUCAUAGUCAAAUCCCUAAUUUCCUUCCCAUUUUCCAUCACGUUUUGUCCAACGAGGACCAAUUAAAUGACGAUACUCGUGUUGAACUCGUCGAAUUAUUACGUGCAUUAAACGCCCAAUCUCCUACUUUGGGUAUCUCCGCUAGCGAAUUGGCUCGUUUCUUGUAAAAAAAAAUUAGACUUAUCUACCUUCCAUUAUUAUAUAUAUAUUAUUUAGACUUUUUCAUAUCAGCGUUUGCCAUCAGUUUUAGUCAGACUUAAUAAAAUUUGGGUCAUUUAACUUUUGCCAAAUAGAUAUGUAUACACCCUUUUUUUUGUUUUUUGUUUAAUAAAG